AGAAAAAGAAAAUUGGAUUUGAAGUUUACCCCGUGCAUCUUAAAAAACCGUUAUUUUUAUUAUCUUUACAUAUUUUUAAUUGGGCUGAUUGGAGUUAAAAAUAAAAAUUGCGUUUAUAACUUGCGUUAGACGCCCACUUGCUAUGUUUUUGAUUAGUUAAUUGUACGUAUUCUCGUUGAAAAAAAUUAAACGCUCUAAUUCGAUUCACGAUUUACUAUACGUUUGGCUAAGUGAAUACAGAAGUGGCAAGUUUGGCGCCAGACUCUGAUCUUUAACGUAACCUCAAAAUUAACAAAAAAAUCGGACCGAGACUGCUUUCGAGAAACCAUUUUAAGCUUGUGUUUACAAAAUGAUGAAUUUGCGGCUGUUACAAUUUAUCCCAGAAUUACAAUUUUUAUAUUCUCUUUUUUUGCCUUAGAGUUAAAUCCUUAUAUAUUUAAUAAAAAUGACAAACCCAAGAAAGUUUGCAGAUAAACUUGAAAUAAUUCGUAGAAAAGAAGAGGAAGCUAACGCUGCCUUCGAUAAAAUUAUGCAAGAAGUUUCAGAUGCGAGGAUGGGGAUAUCACCUCCAUUAACAACAAUAUCUCCUCAUUACCCACAAGGUCAAGUUAUGAGAAGUCAAAAUGUUGAUUACAUGAAAAUGAGACAGAAAUACAAAGGUGGUUCACUCCCCAAUGUUAAUACCUCUUUUAAUCAAAUUAACUUACAGAGUUCUUUUCCAGGCUUAAAUGAGCCCUAUAACAAUCAUCAGAAUGGCUACCCUGGCCCAAUUUUUCCUACAAAAGCAAAGAGAUCUUAUACUGUUUCGGCUCCUUAUCGAACAAACUCACUUCAACCAGCAGCUAGUAUUGCAGAGCAGGGAGAUGGGGUUCAAUUAUGGAGAAGAACCUUUUCAGAUUCUGCAAUUCAGCAAGCAUUGCAACAACUUCCCAAAAAAACUAGCACUUCUCCACAAAUGCAACACCGAACUUCAUCAAGUAAUAAUGGACUCAGGUUAAUUCAGAAGCCAACACCAUCCAUUAAAAAUGAAAGUGAAGUACAAGCAUUCAACAACUCAAUGAAAAUGAACUUUAGUGAUAAAGGCAAACCACAAAAUUCUUUGCAAAUACAAGCUAAUACCAGUUCGUUACCAGAUCUCUCUAAUCUCUCUAUCCCUUCUCCUAUACAAAAUCCAAUUGACAACGAGCAAGAUAUCAAGCUAAACAUUGAUGAUCAAAGAAAUGCUUUCCAGACUCCUUAUAAUUUAGUGCCACGUCGCCCUGUCGGUAAGCAAGUUUAUAGGGGGCUAUCUCCUAAUUCAGAUAUAAUUGAAACAUUUCAUAGAGAACAAAAAGGUAGAAUUAAUUUAUAUCCAAAUUUGGGUAAAAAUGAGUUAACUAUGGUUGGAGGUCUCUCCCGAUCUACUCCAUGCCCUACUCCUUUGUCUCCUGUCUCAUCUCAGCCGUUUUAUUGGAACAAUCAAACGGUUUCUCCAUUGGUAAGUAAUGAUAUGAUUUCUUCGCACCCAUCAUUGCAGAACGAUUUGCAACAACUGCAACAAUACCAAAUGCAAGCUGAAAAUCAAUCUACAUAUAUAUUUGAUAGUAGAGAUAAUUCUUAUGAUCUUUAUUAUUCAAACAACCAAUAUCCAAAUAAGUCACCUAUUUAUAGGCAAAAUUUAGCUCAGCUGGGCAAUAACAAUGUUUGCGGGCAAACACUUGACUUCAUGAAAUUUAAAAAUUCGAAUGAACUAAGCGAAGCAGACUUGAAUUCUGUAGGAGUAACACUCGAUCCAUUAGAUUUGCGCAUAUUAAGUGAUGAUAAUACCGAGUUGGUCGAUCAAUCCGCUGAAGAGCAAUUCAGAUUAGAAAGAGCGAACUAUCAUUGAUUUGCUGUGAUGUUUACAUAUCACAUUAUAUUGACGCAUGUGUACAUAUACUCUCCAAAAUAUUUGUUUAUAUGAAA